AUGUUCUGUCAACUGGAAAAUAUCUUGUCUACGCCAGACUACAAACUGUCAAGUAUCGAAGCACUUUUCGGUCGAAACCGUGAUGGUCAUCGCACGCGACAUAUAUUUCAUUUACGCCGUCAUCAUCACGCUCAACAUGAACACAAAGAAGAACAGGAUCAUCUAGCGAAAUUCUUCUUAACUAAACCCAAAUUAGAGAAAACCAUUCUCCGCGGUCCGAUAUUCGCUUUCACGUCUAUGCAGGGCUGGCGUUCGACAAUGGAAGAUUGUCAUAAACAUUUAAUACCAUUAGAUAAUCAUUCCUGGAAACUAUGGUCCUAUUUCGCCAUAUUCGACGGUCAUAACGGCAUUGACGCAGCAAAAAAUGCAUCCGAACAACUUGGUAUUCACUUAAUAAAUGCAUUAAAUCAUAUGCUUGAAAAACAACACGAUGACACUGUCUAUCCUGAUAUACCGAUUCAUUCAUAUGAGCUCGAUCUGGAACAAUUACAUGCUGCGAUUAAGAAAACCUAUUACGACUUAGAUCAAGAUCUACGGAAAGUUGUGAAAGAUGAAAGCGGAUGUGUUUGUAUUACGUGUUUAAUUGGUCCAGAGAAGAUCUACUUGAUCAACAUCGGAGAUUCGCGCGCGAUUAUUAUUUCCAACGACGGGCUCGUUUUGGCGCAUACGGAAGACCAUAAACCGGAUGAUCCAGCUGAACGUGAACGCAUUCAUGAAGCUGGCGGUAAAAUAUCGAAAUCGACGACCGGUGAUGUCUUGCGUGUUGAAAAUCAAUUAGCUAUGACACGUGUGCUAGGAGAUUUUGCUAUCGAUAAACACAUUGUUCCACCAAUGGCAGAUAUUGUCGAAUAUCCACGAAAUCUUCUCGCGUCAUUUAUUAUUCUUGCUUGUGAUGGAAUUUGGGAUGUGAUGACGAACGAAGAAGUGGCACAAUUUGUGAUACAUCGUGCAUCAACAAAUAAAUUAGAAGAGAUUACUUCACAAUUAUUAGACGAAUGUAUCCGUCGUCGGGGUACUGAUAAUAUGAGUGUGUAUAUUGUUAAACUCUAA